GGCGCUGACGCCGCGGGGCCGGAGCGGGCCGCGCGCGAGAGUGUAGAGGGAGCAGAGGCACCGUCGGUUCCCGUCGGGGCUCCGUAGGUCCCAGAGCCGCCUCUGGCUUGGCCAUGGCGGGCGCCAGGCCCGGCGUCCACGCGCUGCAGCUGGAGCCGCCCACCGUGGUGGAGACCCUACGGCGCGGGAGUAAGUUCAUCAAAUGGGACGAGGAGGCCUCCAGUCGGAACCUGGUGACCCUGCGUGUGGAUCCCAAUGGCUUCUUCUUAUACUGGACAGGACCUAAUAUGGAGGUGGACACACUGGACAUCAGCUCCAUCAGGGACACAAGGACAGGUCGCUAUGCCCGCCUGCCCAAGGACCCCAAGAUUCGAGAAGUCCUGGGCUUUGGGGGCCCUGAUGCCCGGCUGGAGGAGAAGCUGAUGACGGUGGUGGCUGGGCCAGACCCAGUAAACAUCACUUUCUUGAACUUCAUGGCUGUGCAAGAUGACACCGUCAAGGUCUGGUCGGAGGAGUUGUUUAAACUAGCUAUGAACAUACUGGCCCAGAACGCCUCCCGGAACACCUUCCUGCGGAAAGCAUACACGAAGCUGAAGCUGCAGGUGAACCAGGAUGGACGGAUUCCGGUCAAGAACAUUCUGAAGAUGUUCUCAGCAGACAAGAAGCGGGUGGAGACUGCGCUUGAGUCCUGUGGCCUCAACUUCAACCGGAGUGAGGCCAUCCGACCUGAUGAAUUUUCCUUGGAAAUCUUUGAGCGGUUCUUGAACAAGCUGUGUCUGCGACCCGAUAUUGACAAGAUCCUAUUGGAGAUAGGUGCCAAGGGCAAGCCAUACCUCACCCUGGAGCAGCUCAUGGACUUUAUCAACCAGAAGCAAAGAGACCCGAGACUCAAUGAAGUGCUGUACCCACCGCUGCGGCCCUCACAGGCUCGGCUGCUCAUUGAGAAGUAUGAGCCGAACCAACAGUUCCUGGAGCGCGACCAGAUGUCUAUGGAGGGCUUCAGCCGCUACCUGGGAGGGGAGGAGAACGGCGUGCUGCCUCUAGAGGCCCUCGAUCUGAGCAUGGACAUGACGCAGCCACUGAGCGCCUACUUCAUCAAUUCCUCACACAACACCUAUCUCACUGCGGGCCAGCUGGCUGGAACAUCGUCGGUGGAGAUGUACCGCCAGGCUCUGCUGUGGGGUUGCCGCUGCGUGGAGCUGGAUGUGUGGAAGGGACGGCCGCCAGAGGAGGAGCCCUUCAUCACCCACGGUUUCACCAUGACCACUGAGGUGCCAUUACGUGAUGUGCUUGAGGCCAUUGCUGAGUCAGCCUUCAAGACCUCACCCUACCCUGUCAUCCUCUCCUUUGAGAACCAUGUGGACUCGGCCAAGCAGCAGGCCAAGAUGGCCGAGUACUGCCGCUCUAUCUUUGGGGAUGCACUGCUCAUUGACCCACUGGAAAAGUACCCGCUAUCUGCGGGCGUUCCACUGCCUAGUCCACAGGACCUGAUGGGCCGUAUCUUGGUGAAGAAUAAGAAGAGACAUCGGCCCAGCACAGGCGUCCCUGACAGCUCAAUUCGCAAGCGGCCACUGGAGCAGAGCAACUCAGCCCUGAGCGAGAGCUCAGCUGCCACAGAGCCCUCCUCACCUCAGCUUGGGUCCCCCAGCUCUGACAGCUGCCCUGGCCUAAGCAAUGGGGAGGAGGUGGGACCUGAGAAGACCAACCUGGAGCCCCAGAAGUCUGUGGGUGAGGAGGGCCUCAGCCGCGGACCUAAUGUUCUCAUACCUGCUGACCGAGAGGAUGAGGAGGAAGAUGAAGAGGAGGAGGAAACAACAGAUCCCAAAAAGCCCACCACUGAUGAGGGCACAGCCAGCAGUGAGGUCAAUGCCACUGAGGAGAUGUCGACACUUGUCAACUACAUUGAGCCUGUCAAGUUCAAGUCCUUUGAGGCAGCUCGAAAAAGGAACAAGUGCUUCGAGAUGUCAUCCUUCGUAGAGACCAAGGCAAUGGAGCAGCUGACCAAGAGUCCCAUGGAGUUUGUGGAAUACAACAAACAGCAGCUCAGCCGCAUCUACCCCAAGGGCACCCGUGUGGACUCCUCCAAUUACAUGCCUCACCUCUUCUGGAACGUGGGUUGCCAGCUUGUUGCCCUCAACUUCCAGACCUUGGACAUGCCGAUGCAGCUCAACGCAGGCGUGUUUGAGUACAACGGGCGCAGUGGGUACUUGCUCAAGCCUGAGUUCAUGCGGCGGCCGGACAAGUCUUUUGACCCCUUCACUGAGGUCAUCGUAGAUGGCAUAGUGGCCAACGCCUUGCGGGUCAAGGUGAUUUCAGGGCAGUUCCUGUCUGACAGGAAGGUGGGCAUCUACGUUGAGGUGGACAUGUUUGGUCUCCCAGUUGAUACAAGACGCAAAUACCGCACACGGACAUCUCAGGGGAACUCAUUCAACCCUGUGUGGGAUGAGGAGCCCUUUGACUUCCCCAAGGUUGUGCUGCCCACGCUGGCCUCACUUCGCAUUGCUGCCUUUGAGGAGGGGGGCAGAUUCGUUGGGCACCGCAUUCUGCCGGUCUCUGCCAUUCGCUCAGGAUACCACUAUGUCUGUCUGCGAAAUGAGGCCAAUCAGCCGUUGUGCCUGCCUGCCCUGCUUAUCUACACUGAAGCUUCUGACUACAUCCCAGACGACCACCAGGAUUAUGCGGAGGCCCUGAUUAACCCCAUCAAACAUGUCAACCUAAUGGACCAGCGGGCCAAGCAGCUGGCUGCUCUCAUUGGGGAAGGUGAGACCCAGACCAGUAGAGAGCCAUGUGAGGAGACCCAGCCUCAACAGCCAGGGGUCUCCAACCCCACACCUAACCCACUGGAUACUUCACCCCGAUGGCCUUCAGGCCCUACAAGCUCUCCUACUAGCACUUCCCUCAGUAGCCCAGGACAACGAGAUGACCUGAUUGCCAGCAUCCUCUCUGAGAUGACCCUUACCCCCCUGGAAGAGCUCCGAAGCAGCAAGGCUAUGGUGAAGCUCCGGAGCCGACAGGACAGAGACCUGAGGGAGCUGCAUAAAAAGCACCAGCGCAAGGCCGUGGCCCUCACUCGCCGCCUUCUGGAUGGCCUGGCUCAGGCCAGGGCUGAGGGCAAGUGCCGGCCCUCGCCCAGUGCCCCGGGCAGGGCCACCAAUGUGGAAGACAUGAAGGAAGAGGAGGAAGAGGCCAAACAGUAUCGAGAGUUCCAGAACCGACAGGUACAGAGCCUGCUGGAGCUGAGGGAGGCCCAGGCAGAUGCAGAGACCGAACGGAGGCUGGAGCACCUGAGACAGGCACAGCAGCGGCUCAGGGAGGUUGUCCUGGAUGCACACACAACUCAGUUCAAGAAGCUGAAGGAGACGAAUGAAAGGGAGAAGAAGGAGCUUCAGAAGAUCCUGGACAGAAAGCGCAACAACAGUAUCUCAGAGGCCAAGACGAGAGAGAAACAUAAGAAGGAGGUGGAACUGACAGAGAUUAAUCGGCGGCACAUCACUGAGUCAGUCAACUCCAUCAGACGGCUGGAAGAGGCUCAGAAGCAGCGCCAUGAACGCCUGGUGGCCGAGCAGCAGCAAAUCCUCCAGCAGCUAGUGGAAGAGGAGCCCAAGCUGCUGGCCCAGUUGACCCAGGAGUGUCAGGAACAGCGGGAGAGGUUGCCCCAGGAGAUCCGUCGGUGCCUGCUGGGCGAGACCUCAGAAGGCUUGGGAGACAGCCCCCUGGUGGCCUGUGCCAGCAAUGGCCAUGCGCCGGGCAGUGGUGGGCACCUAUCCGGUGCUGACUUGGAGAGCCAGGAGGAGAACACCCAGCUUUGAACUGGCUGAGCAAGAGGUGGCCACAGGACUGGGUGGGCACUGGGCUGUGGGUAGAAGACACUAAUGCUUUGGGGGUUUUGUUUUUAACCUUUUAUCUUUAGAAAUUUUAUUUUUUUAUAAUCUGAGGCAAAUGCCUCACACUAACUCCCUUCAUUUUCAUUUUCUUGGGGCUUCUUUGGUCCUCAGCUUUCCUUUCUAACCUCAGGCCUAUGGAAAGGGCUGGGGCUUGUGUUCCACAGCACUCACCCAAGAUGGGUGCUCCCCAGCUCCCAAGGAGCAGUAGGUGGAUGCGGCCCUGGAGCUCUGGGAAGUAGAGGCCAACCCUUUAUACUUGGGAGAUUUUUUUUUUUUUACAUGAAUAAAAGUGGACUUCAGGGACCCCGUGUAAAGUGUGCUUUGGAUGAAAACACUCCGGGCUUAAGCUCUGGUUCUGCAAUUUCCUCUGGGGCCUCAGUUUAUUCAUCUAUAAAAUGAGGUUAUGCCAUGGUUGGCCAGACUCCUUUGACCUUGUUCCCCACUAGAGGUUUCUCUGGCCUUCCCACCUCUGCCCUGAGCCCCUAGGUUCCCCAGCACCGUUACUCUCCUCUCCCUCAGCUGUUCUUUGUCUCUCUUUGCGCAGGCUCAGACCCUGCUUC